UUUCUUCCCUGAAGUAUGGCUCGUACCAAGCAGACCGCUCGCAAGUCCACCGGCGGGAAGGCGCCUCGCAAGCAGCUGGCCACCAAGGCUGCUCGGAAAAGCGCGCCGGCGACCCGCGGCGUGAAGAAGCCUCACCGCUACCGGCCCGGCACCGUGGCUCUCCGGGAGAUCCGCCGCUACCAGAAAUCCACCGAGCUCCUUAUCCGCAAGCUGCCCUUCCAACGCCUGGUGCGGGAGAUCGCGCAGGACUUCAAGACGGACUUGCGCUUCCAGAGCUCGGCCGUGAUGGCCCUGCAGGAGGCCAGCGAGGCUUACCUGGUGGGGCUCUUCGAGGACACCAACCUGUGCGCCAUCCACGCCAAGCGCGUCACCAUCAUGCCCAAGGACAUCCAGCUGGCCCGCCGCAUCCGUGGGGAGAGGGCUUAAAGCUACCGGAAGAACCACGAACUAAAAAAAACCCAAAAGGCUCUUUUAAGAGCCACCACAAACUCGCAAAAUGGCUGACUCAUGGUUAGUGUGUAUAAUAUAUGCCGCAAAUGUUGUUGUUUGCAUCUAUAUCUGGUGGUUAGAAGUGUUUUUUAAUGGAAGUUCUAACAUGU